AUGGGGAGUGAAUUUGAGCCACAACCAACAUCUUUUGUUGGGUUAGAAUUUUUUGACAAAGAUGAAUCUCUGAUGGAGCUUGGUUAUGGCAAUUUUGGGUGCACACAUUACAGGAGGAGAUGCAAGAUCAGAGCCCCAUGUUGUGAUGAGGUCUUUGAUUGCAAACAUUGCCACAAUGAAGCUAAGAACACUCUAGAAAUUGAUCCUCUUCGUCGGCAUGAUAUCCCACGCCAUGAAGUUACAAAGGUCAUAUGCUCCCUUUGUAGCACAGAACAAGAUGUUCAACAGUAUUGCAUAAGUUGUGGUGUUUGCAUGGGGAAGUUUCAAAAAGCCAAUACCACUGCUACGAAUGUGGAAUAUGCAGAACUGGAGGCAAGGACAAUUUCUUUCAUUGCAACAAAUGUGUGUCUUGGUCCAGGAUGUUGCUAUUCAAAAUCAAUCAAGGACACACAUCAUUGUGUGGAAAGAGCAAUGCACCAUAAUUGUCCAGUUUGCUUUGAGUAUUUAUUUGAGACGAGGAAAGAAAUCACUGUUCUACGCUGUGGGCAUCCGAUACAUUUGGAAUGCGUGCAAGAGAUGGAGCAACAUUACCGGUAUAAAUGCCCUGUUUGCUCAAAGUCCAUCUGUGAUAUGUCCAAACUGUGGGAAAAACUUGAUCAGGAGGUUGCAGCGACUCCAAUGCCGGAAAGGUACCAAAACAAGAUGGUAAGUAAUGCAAAUCAUGUUGUCUUGUCUCCGUUUUGUAAUCAGCCCGCAUUGUAACGAGUUAAUAGAUUGUGUAUUUUUAAAUUCGUGACGAGAAGUAGUCUUUUCUAACUCGGUGAUUGUGUUAAAAAUGGACCACCGCAACACAGUUUUCAUCUGCAAAUUUGAUUAGUUGGAGUUUUGUGUAUGAUUAGGUGUGGAUCUUGUGCAAUGACUGUGGGGCAAUAGACGAAGUCCAUUUCCACAUUGUGGCGCACAAAUGCUUGAGGUGCAAGUCUUACAAUACUAGACGGAUACAAGCAGGCCCUGCUUCUUCUUCAUGUGGAGCAGCUGGGAUUGCUGAGAUGGUGAGAUGAUUUCCUGGUCAAUGCAGUCAUCUCUCUACUACAAAUAAGCCUAUGAGAGAGAGAGAGAGUGUGUAAUCCUUUGUCAUCUCUAUUUGUCCAGUUGGGAAACCUGUAAGGAAGGCUUGUUGGAUGAAACGAAUAUUAUGUAUAUAGAUGAUCAAUCUAAUCUAUCUGUUGUUACCUGUCUCUCUCUCUCGCUCUCUCUUUCACACACACACGAUGUACCGAACCAAAGUACUUGGAAACUUCAUAAUGCUAUGGAUAUACCAU